AUGGAAUCUGUGGAAGCGAAGGCCCCUCUGGCCGACGACCCCGCUACAACUACAGAGAAGCCUGCCGUCUUGAUCAUCGGAGGCCUGGGCUACACUGGCCAGUUCCUUGCCAAAUACAUCCAUGACAACCAACUUGCUUCCGAGAUGCGCCUGGUGGACAAGCAUCUGCCUGAGCUAGCUUGGAUCGCCACAGAGUUCAAGGGAGCCGUCAACCGAGACCACUUUGUACAGGCCGAUGCCUCCAACGAGAAUUCCUUCCCCCGAAUCUUCGAUCGCGCAAACGGCAAAGAGUUCGACUAUGUCUUCAACUGCGGCGGCGAGACGCGCUUCUCGCAAGAGGACGACGUCUACAAGGUACGCUCGUACGGCCUCUCCAUGGCCGUCGGCAAGGAAUGCGCCCGUCGCAAAGUCAAGUGUUACGUCGAAAGCAGCACCGGCAUGGUCUACAAGCCCGAUCCCAUCCCCCGCAAAGAAUCCGAUAAAUACAAGCCUUGGUCCAAACUCGCAAAAUGGAAGCUACAGGCCGAGGAGGACCUGGCCAAAAUCGAAGGCCUGAACCUGCUGGUUCUGCGCUUCGCUCACGUCUACGGGCCGUACACGAGGAAGUUCUUGAGCACGGCUCUGUGCAUGGCGAGGGUCUACCAGUCCUUGGAUAAAGAAAUGAGAUGGCUGUGGAAGGAGUCUCUGAAAACGCACACGGUGCAUGUGGACGAUGCUGUGAGAGCGCUCUGGACAGGCGUCGAAUGGUACUCCAAGUCGACCGAGUUACCGAGGAAGCCCACGCCCGUAUUCAACAUUGUCGAUCACGGCAACACCACCCAAGGCACCUACGCCAAGAUCAUCCAUGACAUCUUCAAAAUCGAAACCGGUUUCCACAGUACCCUCAUCUCCGCCUUUGCCCGUCUAAACCUCGAGCACGUAGUCGACGACGUCAACGACGAAACGCUGGAUCCGUGGGCAGAGCUCCAAACGAAAGCAGGCAUUGGCAACUCGACCCCGCUCAGCCCCUUCAUGGAGAAAGAACUGCUGAACAAUUCCGACCUGAGCCUCGACGGCAGCUUGUUCGAGAAGGAGACGGGAUUCACAUAUACGCGCGAGCAGCUCACACAAGAACUCGUGGAAGAGGUGGUGGAAAGUUAUAAGGUCAUGGGAUGGUGGCCGUAA